AUGGACACAUUUGACAAGGCAUCUUAUAGCCUUACCGAGUAUGCGAGUUUAUCAUCUCUACAUUUCGAAACCUCCCAUUCUAUUUUCAACUUCAUGCCCUCCCAACCCGUUGGCUACGUGGAACGAACUUUUCCAAUUACCGCGGCUCGCGAUCAAGAUGACACUUUGACAGUGAAGCGCAGCUGGGACAUCGCGCUUGCCCCACUGCGGCAAAUUCCAAUGAAUUUACUGAUUAUGUGGAUGACCGGCAAUUCAAUAUCCAUCUUUCCCAUUAUGAUGGUUAUCAUGAUGUUUAUGCGACCGAUUCAGGCCAUCUUAUCCAUGCAAGCGACUUUCAAGUUGAUUGAGGGCAGCCAAGCUCCGAUCCAAUGCUUUGCGUACCUGUUUGGAAAUUUGGUGAUGCUUGCUUUGGCAGUGUACAAAUGCCACAAUAUGGGACUGUUACCAACCUACGCGUCGGAUUGGCUUUCCUUUGUGGAACCUGCUCAGGUAAUCAGACUGGGAACCCUAAAUUUUAUAUAA